AUGCCUACCCGGUUCUCCAGAACCCGCAAACACAGAGGUCACGUCUCGGCCGGUCACGGUCGUGUAGGCAAGCACAGGAAACAUCCUGGAGGUCGUGGUCUCGCCGGUGGUCAACAUCACCACAGAACCAAUUUCGACAAAUUCCAUCCUGGUUACUUCGGUAAAGUUGGUAUGAGGCACUACCAUCUGUUGAAGAACCAUUACUACCGUCCCGUCAUCAACAUUGACAAACUCAUCUCUCUCCCCGAGGCUCAGGUCGAAGCUCCCGAAGAUGCCGUUCCCGUUAUCGAUCUCGUUCACCUCGGUCACUUCAAGCUGCUUGGCAAAGGCCGGAUCAACAAACCAUUCAUCGUCAAAACACGAUCUGUGUCCAAGUUGGCGGAGGAGAAGAUCAAAGAGGCAGGUGGUGUGGUCAAGCUGGUAGCGUAGACUCUGUGUGGGCUAGUCGCAUGAUGCAGCAUGUACAUGGUACGC